CAAAAAGAAGAAGAAGCUAUUUCCGUGUUACGUCUCAGUGAGAACCUUGCUAAGCAAGAUGGAUUAUUGGAAUGAACCCAAGGUGUUAUAUGAGGUUUUUUAAAUAAACACGCUUAUUCUUGAAGCUGAUGUGAAAUGGCAGGGGUGUUUCUAGCCACACUCUACGAGUACUCUCCGCUCUUUUAUAUUAGUGUGGUGUCGCUUUGUUUCGUUGUAACCGCUGCUAUGGUCCUCGGCUGGUUUGGCUUUGACGUUCCAGUUAUACUUCGCAGCUAUGAUGAGCAAGAGCCUAGCUUACCAGCCGCUGAGAAACAGAUGGUUCAGGUGACCAAUCCCUUCGCCCUGGAGUUGGGUUCUGGAUCAGCAAGUGUUACCGACGGUGUGCUGGUGAGACCUUGUUGUCUGGAGUCCUGUGUCCUGAGCUGUUUCUGGGGCUGUGAGGUCAGUACCCUACAAGGAGUGCUACAUGCCCACCAGCAUGGCAUGAUGCUCAGCACCCACCAGCAUUUCCAGGAAGCCCUGAACCUCCACUACUAUUAUUGCCAGAAAUUCCACAUCAGCAGUGAAGAUAGAGCGGAGCGGCACGCACAGAUCCCCGCUGAUCAGGGCAUCACUGAUUUUGGACCACUGCCAAGACAGCGCUACCCUCUCGUGGCUGUGCUGACCCUGGAAGAGGCACAAGAAAGACACGUGAACGACAUUGUGGCUAGUGUCAUAGUUAUUCAUGUUCCUGAUGACAAAUACAAGCUUUCUGCACGGAUUCUCUUCCAGUACCUCCUCACCUCACAAGGGAGCAUGUACGAGUUAAAGCCUCUUUUCAUGUCUGCUGACAGCGGGGGGAUGUCUGGGUCUGCUGAUUCGGGGCACACUUUCACACCCAGUGACACUCAGAGCGAGGAUCAGAUCCCAGUGAUGGAGGAGGAGGACUGGUCAGAGGGGACGGAGGGCAGAGACUGUGUGGUGUGUCAGAAUGCAGCAGUGAACAGGGUGCUGCUGCCCUGCAGACACGCCUGCAUGUGUGACAGCUGCGUGUCCUUUUUCCAGCACUGCCCCAUCUGUAGAGCCUUUGUCCAGGAGUCGUUUGCACUGACACAGAGCAAUGACUGUCAGUGAACUGGUGAACAUGAUAGAAGAGAUGACUACAAGGAUCUGUCGCCUGUGUGACAGGUGUUUUGGUUAGCAGCAGAUCAGACCUGUCUGUGCUCCUUUAAGGUCUGGUGGCUUUCUUUAAAACAUUCUCCAGGACUUUACAGCGUUACCCAACUUCUGCAGUGCUUCAGCUAGCCUCUGGGAUAGUUUCCUUUCUACGAGAGUGACACUGCCUCCACCAUACAUGGAAGGAUGUUCUCGGGUUGUUCUGCAGUACUUUUGUUACACUAAACAGUUCCUCAUGUUCACUCAGUUCUUCAGCAAACAGGAGUGUUCACAGUAAUAUUGUGAUGUUUUCUGCCUCCUCUUGCUGAAAGUGGCAUCACUGUGACCGCUUAUGUUGUGGUUGUUACUCACAAAAGUAAUGGAUUAGAUAUUACUUGAUAAUCUUCCUAAAAGUAAUACAUUAUAUUACCUAUAUUCACCACUUUUGUGUUACUCCAUAAUUGUCUUAUAGUUACCAGUUAAUAAUUUAAAACUACAGUUCUGCACAACAUGCAUACAAGCUGUGUUGUACUUUUGACAUAUGAACAGAAAAACAGCCCAGAGUGAUGGCCGGGGUGAUUCUAUGGUAGAAACAGGUGGAAGUGGAAGCUACAAGGUUAUUGUUGGCUUUGUUUUUCUUGUCCUUUAAUUCAAUAAAAAGAUUGUCCAGAGUUUAGUUUCACUGUUGAUGCUCAUUAACUAAACUCUGGAACAUUGUCCAGCUCCAACUUCUGAGUUCUGUGUCAAACUACACAGCAAAACUUUGAUGCAUUAGAAGGAACAGCAUACAUUUUCACUUCUAUGAUAAUACUUUAUCUUUCCGUGAUAAUUAAACUGCAGGUGUUUCUGUAAGACUUAAAGACCUUGAUGACCUCUAAUUUCUUGUUUGCUUACUCUGGAUGGCAUCAUCAUAUCAAACGUAGACUGAGCCCAUGUUUGACGUUUGUUUUUAUAUUUUCAUUCAGUCUUUUAUUUACAGCAUGUUUUAAGUGACAAUAUAAUGGUGGAAUAUGUUUUAUAUGAGCAGUGUGCAGCCUGCUGUACUAAAAUCAGUGCGUCGCAUGGUCACCGGAACAUGCGUGUAUUAAUUUGGUGAUUUAUUAAAUGUAUGAAUGUUGUACUUGAUUCUAAUCUGCUGCUGAGUCUCUUACGCUGAAGAAAAUAAUGCAGAUAACAAAGAACACACAUCACGAACACUCGUUCAACCAAUCGCAUUCAUUUCACUUUGACCUGCAAUAAACUGAAGCAUUCAUCUCUUUUA